AAUUCGUCCUUGCGCUCCUUGGAAAUAUAGAUUUUUUGAAACUUUGGCAAAGCGAAGGGUAAAGUCUGCAAAAAAUCAGUUUGUUACAGAUUUUAGUUUUGGAAACACAAAACUAUAUGGAUAUCCAAAUGUUUUAUCGAUGAGAAAAUUAGCAGAAUGUUGGCCAUAAUUAAUCUCGCUUCAUCGUUUCCUACUGCCAGCCACUGGUCUUCCUCUCAGCACCAUAUUUUGUAGUGAGUGGAAACGCAAACAGGACGCUUUACAUUUGUACAUCCGGUGAAAUAUCUGCCUCAUUGUUCUAUCUGUGACAAUAGUGUGUGAUUACUGCCAACAAUUUGGGCGUUCCUGCAUGAUUGUUCUGCCAACAUGAUAUCAUAGGAAAACGUCGCUACAGUAUGUUCUGCCAACAUGAUAUCAUAGGAAAACGUCGCUACAGUAUGUUUUGCCAACAUGAUAUCAUAGGAAAAUGUCAUCCUGUCACAUUUUUGCAAAUAGUUUAGAAUCAAACAAUUGAUGCAUUUGUCAAUUGGCUAUGCUCCCAGUAGGCUUUGGGGUGCCAAUGUGAAAAGAUGAGCGUCAACUAGAGGUCGCCCGAUUAAUCGGAAUUGCUGAUUAAUUAGGGCCGAUUUCAAGUUUUCAUAACAAUCGGUAAUCAGCAUUUUUGGACACCAAUAAUGGCCGAUUACAUUGCACUCCACGAGGAGACUGCGUACGAGAGUGCAGCAAGGAGCCAAGAACCCCCAUUUCCUCUGCUCUCCCUGGGUGUCCUGGUCCCUCCUCUCCGGAUGAUGUCAGCACUCAUGUGGCAGGUGGUGCGCCUGGGCAACAUAAGUCAGUAUGGGAAAUUGGAGGAGUUUGUUUCCAUGGUCACAGAGGCGGUUCCAGAUCUCCUGUCCAACAGACAGAGGUGGCUGCUGACCCUGGCACUCAGAGGACGGGUGAGUCUACAGCUAUUAGGGUCUGGACAUCCUGAUGACCUCAAGGCUGUUCAAACCCACCUGGAUAGAAUAACAGCAUCUGGUCUCAAACAGUCAAACGAUGCCGCGAUUGAAUUUGCUGAAUCCAACUUCCUGAAGCUGAUCCAGAGCCUAGUGGAAGACCCAGAUAGGAGGGAACACUUCUUCAAGGUUGUGUUCCCCGUGGAGUAUGGACCGAGCUUUGACUCGGCGCUGCAGACUCUGGUGUGUCAUUUGCUGUCCAGACUGGAGGAGCUGCUGCCCGUCCCUGACUUCAAACAGACUGCUCUGUUGAUCAGUGAUGCCCCAUCUGUCCUGGAGGACUUCAUGUGCAGUGUCUCCCAUGCAGAGGAUCUGAAGUCCCUGCUACAGAACCCACAGUGCCACGGGAAACUCAAGCUGCCCAAGAGCGCUCCUUCGCAGAUCGAGGACCAUCUCCUCUGCUCCUUAUCCCUUCCUCCCUCACUGAGACUGGGCAAUGCCUCGCACCACAGCGCCAGCGAAUCCAAAGCCUUCCCUGACUGUGAGAACCCGCCCCUGCAUGUCAGAGAUAACCAGGGGACUAUGACUGACAAUUUGAGUGGCCAAUGGGCUGAGUCCAAAACAAGUAUAGAUCAAAACGUGAUCGGAACAGAUUCAGUAGAAAACCAAGGAGGUUCUCAGCGAACGGACAACCAGAAGGACGUGAAGGAGAAAGAUGUGGAAAGACCAAGUGCAGGCAGGCAAGCAGUAGACACUGAGCACCAAUACUGUCUGAGCACCAAUACUGCUCCUCAAACUGCUGACCAAGACACGGCACCAUCAGCCAGCCAACAAGCUGCCUCAGCCUCCACCUCAGUCUCUACCCAGGACACCACCUCAACAUCCACCUCGAGCACCCUGUCGUCCUCGUCCGGUGUGUCGCCCGAGCAGCCGCGGCAGCGCGUGGCCCACAGGUGUCCCCAGUGCGGCCGUUGUUUCAUUUACCGCUAUAAGAUGCUGGAGCACCAGAGGCUCCACACGGGGGAGAACCCUUACAAGUGUUCCCAGUGUGGUAAGACCUUCAGAAGGUCCUCGGAGAUGUCCACCCACCGCCGAACGCAGUGUUCCAACGCUGCCUAUGUCUGUAUUAAAUGCGGGAGCAGUUUUGGGUCGGUCCGAGAGCGGGUCAGCCACCGGUGUUGUGGUAGCAAAGCGGCGGCGACGAAGUUUGAAUGUCCACAGUGUGGGAAGAACUUCAAGUGGCACAACUCAUUAAAGAAACACCUGGUAACCCACACCAGGAAGAAGGGCUUCAAUUGCAGGUACUGUGGUGAGGGGCCGUUCCCGGGUAUCGCUGAGCUGAGGACCCACCAGAAGGUCCAUGAUGGAGAAGAGAAGCCCUACAAGUGUGAACAGUGUGGAAAGGGCUUCAGCUCCCAGGGCUGGCUUCAUGGCCACGAGCAGCGCCACUCCCAAGAGAGGUCCAAGAUCUGCCCCAGCUGUGGAAAGGCCUUCCGGUGUAAAGGAGACCUGAAGCUCCACAUGCGGACUCACACCGGCGAGAGGCCGUACCAGUGUACCUACUGCACCAAGCGGUUCUCUGUCAACGGAAACCUGACGAUACACAUCAGGACUCACACAGGGGAGAAACCUUUCCUCUGCUCUGACUGCGGCAAGGCCUUCUGCUCCGCAGGAGAGCUGCAGAUCCACAGGAGAACACACACUGGGGAGAGACCGUACAAAUGCACCGUCUGCGAGAAAGGCUUCACCAUGGCCAGUCAGGUGACUCUUCACAUGCGGGUACACACGGGGGAACGACCCUACGUGUGUCAUGAGUGUGGAAAGGCAUUUCGUCGCGGUGCGGAGCUGAAGACACACAUCCUGAAUCACAGUGGGGUGAGACCGUACCCCUGUCGUCUCUGUUCCAAGACCUACACCUGCCUUAGUCACCUGAAGAGACAUUUGAAGACCCACGGGGACCAGGCGGUGGAUAUGAGACAUUUGAAGACCCACGGGGACCAGGCGGUGGAUAAGAGACAUUUGAAGACCCACGGGGACCAGGCGGUGGAUAUGAGCAGUGAGUUGUCUGUAUCUGCUGUAUAA